GCAGCGGCACCGACGGCGAGACGCGAGUUGGUGCGUGUAGUGGCUACGGCGCGGCUGACAGUGCCUGGGCUCCUCUCCUCUCCGUGUCUUCUCGGAUCGGACGUUUCGGCUCGCACCCCCCCAGCUCCGACCGUCCCGUCCCGCGCACACGAACGACGCUGUCCAGGCCUGCUGCUGCUGCUGCCUUGACUGGACUCGUUUUCUCUGCGCAUUUUCUCUGCAAUUUCUUGCGUCUCCGGACGUGCAACGCGGGCUUUUUCUGCAGACUGCCCUGUUUUGCUAACGGAGAUAAGAAGUUAUCAAAUUGCCAAUUCACUCCGGCAAGCUCGCUGCCCGCGAGUGUUCGGGAACAACUUGAGACGCCCAGUGCUUAGUUAGGUUCUUGUACUUACUUUUUUGCCCUUUGGUUUGCUGACUUGCUUCGCGCUCGACUCUCUCAGCGACGAUGCGACGCGUGGGAAAUUGUGUGUGCUACGGUUCGGCGGUCGCCUGCCUGCUCCUUGGGAUCUUACUCGGAGACUCUUCAGUACAAGCCCAAGACCAGGAAACGGAAGUGCCUCAAGACCGGAAAGUGGAGUUUUUGACAAAAGAACAGACAUUCUUCCUGAGCCUUGGUGACUCUGUGUCUCUCCCGUGCAAGAUCGUCCAGUCAAGCGAGGAUGAGUUCAUCAAGGUGUGGAUCAAGAACAGGGAUAUCCUGUUCGCUGGGACUUUUCGUGUGGACACGGACCCGAGGGUCAGCCUGGGUCCCGAGGGCGAGCUCAAGAUUGACGGCCUGGUGGCCUCGGACGACGCCGUCUACACCUGCAAGGUCAACAGCCAAAUCGAGCCAAACUCCAUCCAGCACAAGAUCGUCCUUCCAGGACCCCCCAAGGUGUCGACAAUUCCCGAAAGCGGCGAGGUGACAGUAAUGAAAGGGGAGCCCCUGUAUAUAGGCUGCGUGGCGAGCGGAAAGCCCGACUCCACCAUCACGUGGCGACACAUGGAUCAUAUCAGCACCUCAAAUGUGGCACGGUCGUCGAGGUCCAACGACUCUUCCAUUGACGUCAGCAAGCUGGUUCAAGACAACCGCAUCGACAUCGAAGCUGCCGAUUCGAAGUACUCCGGAACUUACGAGUGCACCGCCUCUAACGGCUACGGCAAGCCCGUCGUGGCUUACAUCACCGUGAAAGUUCUCGGCAAACCGACGGUGAAGACGUCGCUGCAGUGGUCGUCGGGCGUGGGCGGCAGCCUGAACGCCGAGCUGCUGUGUGUGACGCACUCGGACGUGCCCGGCACGACGCGCUGGCUGCGCAACGACGGCACGUGGCUGAUGCACGGCGAGUCCGUGUCCCUCUACACGGCUGGCAACCACUAUACGGCCCGCUUCAAGCACGUCACCGAGCGAGACUACGGGAACUACACGUGCGAGUCCAAGAACAAGUUCGGCGUCACCGCGGACACCGUCGAGCUUCAAGCUGCACCGACCAGGCCUGUCGUGAUGGGCGUUGAGGGACCCAACUCGACAGCCUACCUCAUCUCGCUUUCCUCGGUGGCUCCGUAUCCCAUCAACAAGUACAUCAUCUACAUCCGGGCGGAAAAGCACGCCCAAGACAUUGACGAAUGGCGGAACAUCACCAUUCCGAGAAGCCACAGCCACGACAUGCAGAAGAUGGGAUCAAAGGCCGCCACGAACUAUCUGAUAACCAACCUCGAGCCCGAGACUCGAUACCAGGCGCUCGCUGUCGCCACCAACGAAAUGGGCACAAGCGGUCUCACCAGCUUCGACUUCAUGACGGCAUUCGCCCUCCCUAAACAGCCGUUGAGUACCAAAGCCAGCGAGGAAGUUGAAACUCAUCUACAAGCUAAUGACCCUGACGCCUUACAAGAACAGAUCAAGGAUAGCGGAAACGGAAACUCUGGCACCCGGGCCACGCUCUUCAGUGCGCACAUGGUCGGAUGCGUCACGGUGGCGCUGCUUUCGAUUUUUUUCUGCUGAACACGUCGAUCGCCAUGAGCCGGAUAGUUUUUCUUUUGCCGCCCGUGGAAUACGUCUGACACACCGAGAACGCCGCCGACCAACGAACUUUCUUCUUGACGCGGCGAAGCACCUGCAUUCGCCGUCUUAUUUUGUUCGUCUCCCUUGCGAUGAACAAUGUCCAUCAUCGAUGGUUAUGAUAAUUAUAAUAAUUAUUAUGUUCAUUUCACUUUCCCCUUCUCACCCUCUCAAAGGUCCACGCGUAAGUUGGGAGCGCUUCCUCUGUUGUUCGCGGUGCUUUUUUUUUUUUUUCUUGUUUUCGUGCGAGAGAUUUCGUACGCUUCACUCGCCUUUUCACGUGAUCCGCCUGGUGUACACUACGCAGUGCAUGAUACGAGAAAACGCAAGCGAAAAAAAAAAAUCGCGCAAAUGACGGGUGUUCGCGUUUUCUCCAAUCGUCCCGUGUUGUGUUCUCUGAGCAGCACACGUGAAAAGCCAUUAUGCGGCACCUCUCUCACAUAGACCCUCGGUUUACGCUUCACGUCUCACUCGCGUUUCGAGCAGCUAUAAGCACCCUCCCCACCAAAAGUCCUAACGAACUUGUUAACAACCUUCACUCUAUGACGCUUCAUAGGAUAUAGUAUACACUCGGAACUCUCAUUUCUAAGAUUUCCCUCUUAGCAGUUUUUUCUCCAAGGAGUGUAGGUGUGUAGUGGCGAAAGCAUCUGAGAAGUCGAGGUGCGGUACGACUCACAAAUUCGCGUCAGCGUUAGCGUGGCUAUUCAUGCUCGAAGUCUUUUUUUUUCUCCCAAUUUUCGCAUAGUGAUGUAACGAAGGCUCCGCUCUAAGCGCAGCCACGUCAAGGCUUCAUUUCUUAUUUUUCACCUGCAGCGCUUGUUUCAUGUACUGCCAUCCAAUGCAUAGAAACCUUUUUAAGACUUCUAGCUAUUCACGCUCUUGCUGGCCUUGAGCGAACCGUUAACACUUAUAUGACAAUGAAAGGGUCCUGUCCUGCGUUCCUACACGUCAUCCUCAGUUCUUCUGAUGAAGUUACAAAACUGUCCUGUAACCAAUGGCUCAAGCUUUAAUAAGAGUAGCGGAUUUGCCAUCUUAAGUCAAUUGGUACUAAGUAUUUUAUGUGUUAACACCUAAAUUAUUCUGCAGUAAAGCGGCUCUUGCGCUUAAAUAUGGCACAUAAAAGAUCGUUAUCACUCUAGCCAGUACUCUUCGCCGUCUUUCAUGAUAACUAUCUUUUCUGGCGGCAACUUAGGAACUAUCACAGUUAUCGCCUUACUGUACAAUACUACGCUAUCAAGCAUCACUGGCAUAAUUCGUUUGUGUGCCCUCGCGUAACGUGUCGUGUUCUGUCAAACUGAUGGCCACAAAAUGGGCGAUGUUUUUUUUCUGUCAACCUGUUAAGUUUUCCUCCGUCUCAUUUUUUUUUUCAACUCGUGUGAAAUGCAACGUCUUGUCAUGCUCGUUUUGUAUAGCUUGUUCUAUGGAGGCUGUAAAAAAAAGAAAGCAUAUAUGUAGCGCCACUUUAUUGAUUAAUUUUUUUUCUUUUGUAUCCAUUAACUUCAUCGUCAAAAGUGUCAGCUUCUGUGUUCCUCGACUGAAAAAAAAAGAUAUACAUAUAAAUAUAGAGUGUUUGCUUUCUUUUUUUUUUUUUCUUUCAUGUGACUGGAAAGUAUUGCGUUGGAUAGGAGAACGAAUGGAAAAGAAAAAUAAAAGCGUACGGACGUGGCUUUGUCGCAGCUAAUUACUCAGCAGUGGUGUUUUGCACGUUGUCUUUCUCGUUACGUACAGGCUAGCUUUCUCUUUCUUUUUGGACAGGCGUGCACCUCACAGCUUUCCACUGCUCAAAAUAUUACAAGUCGCUGAAUAAGGAAAUUAGGCUGGAACCAUUUAUACUACGGCGACAGUCACUGCUUCAAACGAGAUGGAGCAGUGGUUGAAAGAAGCUUUUUGGAUGCGCGAACUUAGGAGAAACAAGAGUAAAUGUGCGAGUUUUGUUGCUGACCGCACGCUCCUCAGAUGAAAACGUGCUCACAAAAGAGUAAUUUACGCUUUCCCGACGCUCUUUCUUUUUUUUCUGUUAGCGUAAGGACGUCCGAGAAUAUUGGGCCUACUAUACCUUUCAAAAGUCCUUCGCGUAAAUUCGCAUCUUUUCGCUGACAUCAUAGGCACGUUUUCUGUAAUUAAUUUAACACCUGUGCCAUGCGGUGCACAUUUAAAUGGAACGUGCGAGUAUGUGUGGGACACUUUGUGGUUUUGUGCGAGCGUCAUGGCGCCUGCCACCGCCCUGUUUCACAGUGAUACAUCCGUCUACUGGUGGAAGCAGCCUAGAGGCAUGUUGCAGGCUCGAAUAUGAACACCCACUUCGAAUUCACCUACUGAAAAGCCGAGUGCUUCCAUGCCUGCCACAAUGUGGAAUCUCCCGCUCUGUACUUUCUUGUAAUGUUAACUUUAAGGAAGGAGCAUAACGUAUUUUUAAGCAAGGGUACAUAUUGUGAGUCUUCAUACAGCGGCGUUGAGAUUCUUGUAGCGAAAGUCUUCGGUGAGACACGUGUGAAAAUACUGGCGCCUGUCCAAAGAACAGAUGGCGGGUAAUCGUGCAAGAAGCGACGUUCCUGUAGUACGGAGACAGUUGGCGUACCAGAACUCCACUGCUACACUCUGCUGAAAUUAGGCAGAAAAUAGAACAAUAAAAGGAAGUGGUGUGUAUUAGUGUCUUGACAGACGCUGUCUCUGCUCGAGUAUUUAUUGCACCGAAGAGUAGGAGCCAGCCCGUGAUUCACUUAAAUCCCGGUCACCUUCACUUGCGUGUCGCAAAGUUGUUGUAGCCUUCUAGCACCUGUUUAGCGUGUCGCGCCCGAAAAUGGUGAGAGAAUGUUUAUGGUACAGUGAAGUUCAAUACUCGGAAUUCUAAAGUGCUAGAGUGUCAAGUAUUCUUGUUGACUGUACUUUGCAAGGUUACGAAUGGGUUCUGAAAGGUUUCUUUCUUUUUUUUUUCCUGGGCGUUCGAACAUUUUAUCAAGCUCCUAUAACCGAUACUGCCAUCUAUUUAACUCUCGUUACUGAUUACGAAGGCUAGAAAGCCUAGAUUUGCCCUCUUGUCAAGAGACGCUUCUAGCUGAUGCUAUUUGCAGUCCGAGUGGCGAGUGUAUGUACAUUAACUAUAUGAGAGACCAUCUUCUAAUACAACACAAUGGUUGGGAAAAAAUGUCUUUAAAGCAUGACCAAAGUCAAACUUUAGGCGUUAUCAACACAAGCAGAUCAUUUUCAAAGUAUUGAACGUAAAAGAGACUCCUUGUUAACGUGCUCUUUUUCUUUUGUUUUACUUUGAGCAUAGGUGACAUGUCUGGUUGUACAUUCCAAGCUACUGUGACAAAUUAUUUGCAGUUGUGGCCUUUAUGUUUCAACUCAACAUGGCUUCGCCUGCAGCAGCCGUCACACCAAAGUGCCUCUGAGUUUGUAAGCGUUAUAAAAAAAAAGAAAGCUAUAAAGCUGCAAUGAUUAUCUUGGCAUAACUUCCGUCUCAAGUAUUGUAACAAUCCAGCACCGAACUGCUUUUUCAAAACGAAAAAAAAAAGCUUAUUGCAAUUGGCUAAUAGAUUCAUCCACACAUUGUCCACGGAAGAGCACUUCCCCAGUGAAUAACAGAACUCGCAUUAUGUCGAACCUUUCGUUUCAACCUGUCAAGAGCGCCUUCUUUUCGCGUACUGAUUACUUCUCUCAGUUGCUCCUAGCGAUGAGGUAGAGCAGAUGACACGAGGGACUCUUUUCCAAGCACCGAAUGUGACGUGGUCUCGCAAUACAGACACAGCCGGUGAGCAGUUGUCACUGCUGCAAAUAAUUUCUCUUGGCAUUUGGAAUAUACAAGGAAAGCAAUUCAGUCUUGUGGAUUUUGUGAAUGUUCUGUCAAUAAAGUCAAAUACAACCAA